GCAGGUCAGGACCCUCUGACAUCUUCCUUUUGUACUGGAGUGGCUGUGGGUCUGGUGGCCAUGCUGGUCACCUCAUUGAAGAAGAGCAAACACUGCAGAGGACAUUUUUUGGAUAAGCUACAGUGGAAGGCUGUAAUAAGGUGUUGCUGAGACCCCAGACCUCAGAGGAAGUCUCCCAGAUUCUUAGUCAGUUCUUGUGAUAGAAAUUGCUGCCUUUGUCUGAGCUGAUCAUCCAUACAGUGUCCUUUCCCUGGAAUUCUGUAGUCUAUAAGAAGAGACAAGCCAGCUCUUAGAGCCCACAGCUGCCCUGCUGUGCCAGCCCUUCCCUCAUCAGGCUGUUGGGAGAGAGUCCAUUCUAUGUCCUGGUUGAGACCUCAGGAUCCAGUGCAGGACAUGAUGCUGAGAAGCUGACGAAUGUCCUGGAGCAGGUGGUGACCUCUGGCCUGGUGACAGAUGGCACUAUGGCCACCGACCAGAGGAAAGUCCAGAUGCUGUGGGCCUUGCGGGAGAGGAUCACAGAGGCGCUCAGCUGCGAUGGCUAUGUGUUCAAGUAUGACAUAUCCCUCCCUGUGGAGCGGCUCUAUGACCUUGUGAUUGACCUACGCACCCGCCUUGGCCCUCGUGCCAAGCAUGUGGUGGGAUAUGGACACCUGGGGGAUGGCAACCUUCACCUGAACGUGACUGCAGAGGCCUUUAGCCGGGAGUUGCUCGGUGCCUUGGAACCUUAUGUGUAUGCCUGGACAAUCCUCAUUCUGGAGGAGCCUGUGGCUAGGGGCCACUGUUCAACAUCGUAUCACAAUGUCCUGUCUGUUCCCAGUGGCACAAAAGUAGAUGAUGUCUUCUUCCUGUUCAGACCCUGUAAACCACGGAGAAUCCAGGGAACUGGAACCAUAGCCUGGAAGAAGGGUGCAAGUUUGGAGACCUGA